GAUGUAUAACAAAAAACAGGCCAACACAGACGGGAUGCUGAAUAAUUCGUUGCAUAUAACAAUUUAACUCUGGUUUUAAAUUAAAAUAUUGUCAUAAAUAUAAAAAUAAUACUACAGCAAUCAAACCGCUACUUUCGAAGUUUCAUAGUCGUUUAUAAGGUAAAAAUUAUUACCAUGACAACAACUUAGGUGAAGUGACAUAAAGGAACAGUUUUGCGUUGCAGAUCGAAAGAAACACGUAAUUGCGUAGUGAAGUCAAAAGACAAUGAUAAUUAUGUUCCUUUUGGAUAGAAUACUGCCACUGGUCUUUCAUUUGAUAAGGCCUUUUAUAAAGUGGUUUCUGCACACCUUUACUAGGUUAAGUGAAUUACAGCGUAUUUGCUAUGGUGCCCGUCCCGGUUGCAGCCGUACGAAACAAGUUGAAAAAUCUUUGUACUUAUCCAAACAACCGGAAAUUAAACAACUCCUAAGGGAAUUAGAUGAAGCUGCAGAGUUUUGCAGUGAUGAAGAACUUCUCUUAUUGCCCUCGAAAGCAGUGGCAGUUGUACAAAGAGCAAAACGUAUCAAACCAAGAAUUCAUCCCGACUUUGCGUCCCUCUUUGGCACAUGUGUCUUACACAUAUGGAGUUAUAAACAUCUAAUGCAUCAAGUCGAAAGAUUAAGAUCCGAAUCAUAUGAUUCACAAAAUUUGGAACAUGAACAGAAACUUUUGGAAUUGUGGAAACGCCUAAUGCCAGAAGAGGAGUUGACGGGACGUGUUUCAAUGCAAUGGCAGGAUAUAGGAUUUCAGGGUGAUGAUCCAAAAACCGAUUUUCGUGGCAUGGGUAUGCUGGGCCUGGAAAAUCUCCUCUACUUUGCACGUGAAUAUAAAGAAGCCGCCCAUCAUGUACUUCUACACUCAAGACAUCCCAAAUUGGGCUACACCUUUGCCAUUGUGGGCAUCAAUUUGACGGCCAUGGCAUAUCGUCUACUCAAAAGCGGCGAUGCUCAAACACAUUUUUACAAUUUAGCAAAUGCCAUUAAACAGCCAUGCUCGCUGAAACAUUUCCACAAAUUCUAUUGCUAUUUACUGUUCGAAUUUGAUCGUUUCUGGUUGGAGUCCGAACCAACGAAUAUUAUGGAUUUCCGUGAAAUCUAUCAAAAUUUUGAGAUAACCAUUAUCGAGGCCUUACAUAGAGAGACAACCAUAUUCAAAACCAAUUUGGUAGUGGAUCAUGUUUAGUACAUUGAUUUUGAUUAAAAUUGGGUCAACUGUUCAGGUGUUUUUUGUUUUUAGUUUUUUAUAAGAUUAAAAUAGAAGAGCCUUGAAGUUUUUUUUUUUUUUUUUGACAACUUCACUUACGAACAGAGUCGUUUUUUAUCAUCAUCAUCAUCAACACCUUGGCUAUGUUUCUCAGCUUAAAUUAGAGAAUAAAAUUUUGAUCCUAGUUCUUAUGUAUGUUUGUACUUUCUCUUAGAUUAAAAUUAUCAUUAAUGUAUUUAUUGAACCAUUUUGCAAAUAUUUACCAAUAAUAAAAUGAAAUUGACAAUUUUUACAAAUUA